CAUCUGGAGCGGGGGAGGAGGAGGAGGCAGGCGCGUCACCGAGCGCAUCUUUGAGGAGCGCGCAGGCACAGAAGAAAACAUCCUACAGCUCGGCCACCCAUUCAGCUGGAGGAUCGGCCUGAAGAAAUUCAUGGAAAUAAAAUAGAUUUUCAUUCCCUUUGCUUUUUAUUUUUUGUUUUCUGAUCACAGCCAAGACAAUGGACUUCAAAAUGGCCGAGAUUACUAAUUUAAAACCAACCUAUGAUGUGUCCCCAGUGCUGGCAGGUUUUCUGGGUGCAGGGGUCUUGGUUGUCUCCGUGACAGUGGCUGUUUUCCUCUGGACGUGCUGUCAGCGGCGAUAUCGUCAAAUGGCAGGUGCGUACAAGCUGACCAGUGGCCCCUACGACCCACCCGUUGACCCCCCCUACAAGUUCAUCCACAUGCUCAAAGGCAUCAGCAUCUACCCCGAGACCCUCAGCAACAACAAGAAGAUUGUACGGGUGGGCCAACGCUCAGGAUCAAGUUCCUUGUUAAGAGAAUGGAGUCGUGGAUCCCGAAACGGUGACGUGCUCCUUGUGGAUGCAGAUCCUGAAGGUGGUACCACGCACCUACAGAUGAACCACCUGGUUCCCCCUAUGGGUCCUCCCAGACUGGACAGGGCGCUGCCCAUCCGGGCGGACUACUGCUGUAUGGAGAGCAGCUCAGGAAGCAGCAGUGAAGCACCCAGUAAAACGGCAUCACCCUACAGUCUCAACUCACCCUCUCUGGGAACGCUCAGUCUGGCCAUUGACUACAACUUCCCCAAGAAGGCACUCGUUGUCACUAUCGUAGGAGCGCAGGGACUCCCCGCGGUGGACGAACAGGCGGGCAGUUCUGACCCCUACGUGAAGAUGACCAUCCUACCCGAGAAGAAGCACCGGGUGAAGACACGUGUACUGAGGAAGACUCUGGAGCCCGUGUUUGACGAGACGUUCACCUUCUACGGCAUCCCGUACAGCUUGCUGCCCGAGCUCAAGCUGCACUUCCUGGUGCUCAGCUUUGAUCGCUUUGCACGAGAUGAUGUCAUUGGGGAGGCGGUCGUGCCAUUGGUGGGCGUAGACCCCAGCACGGGACGAGCCCAUAUCACCCAGCAAAUCAGCAAGAGGAACACACAGUGUGAAAGUCGCGGGGAAUUGCUGGUCUCACUGUCCUACCAUCCUGUUACUCACAGGCUUAAUGUGGUGGUUCUUAAGGCCAAACAUCUGCCAACCAUGGACAUCAGUGGUCUUUCAGGCAACCCUUAUGUUAAAGUGAACGUCUUCUACGGCCGCAAGCGCAUAGCCAAGAAAAAGACGCAUGUCAAGAAAUGCACACUCAAUCCCGUUUUCAAUGAAUCCUUUAUCUACGAUGUUCCCGCUGAGCUAAUGCCGGACAUCUCUGUGGAGUUCCUGGUCAUUGAUUUUGACCGCACCACGAAGAAUGAGGUUGUGGGUCGCCUGGUUCUGGGUGGUCAGAGCCCAAUUCCAUCAGGGGUGACUCACUGGAGGGAAGUCUGUGACAACCCAAGGCGGCAGAUUGCCAAAUGGCAUAACCUUACAGAGUACUAGUGUCUGGCUAAAACAUUGGGAAAGCAAAGUGUAUUAUUCCACUUCCUUCCUGUCAGCCCCUCUAUAGAAAGAAGCCCAUUUAACAAUCUCUCAUAUUCCCUAUAUAGAUAGGUGAAUGAGUGGA